AUGGGAGACGGCUCUGACUAUCCUAGUCCACGAAGUGAGGGUCCCAACGGAGCCACUGCUGCCUCUGUCCUAGCCGCCUUGCCAGACUCCCUCUCCCCCAUCGCCAGAAUGAAUGACCAAGCUCCCCUGAGCUAUAUGGAAGGGACGCGCCCGCGCCUCUCGGUCCGGCGCGCCAGAGAUCCUCCCAAGAACCCCGAGGGCCAGAUCUACUGCGACCACCCAGACUGCCACACUGCGCCUCCGACCUUCCGUCGCCCGUGUGAAUGGAAUAAACACAUGGACAAACAUGACCGCCCUUACAAAUGCUUUGAACCCGGCUGCGACAAAAUCCAGGGCUUCACGUACUCAGGCGGCCUCCUGCGCCACCAGCGCGAGGUGCACAAGAAGAACACCGAUGCCAAGAAGCCGCUGAUGUGCCCGUACGCCGACUGCAACCGCAGCGCUGGCAACGGAUUUACGCGUCAAGAGAACCUGCGGGAGCAUCUCCGUCGCCGCCACAUGCACACAGACGACGGCUCCAUCGUCGUCGACAUGCCAUGGGAGCGCGGCAAUGAUCUCGAGGGCCUUCCGGCGACGGAUGAGAAUGGCGUCGAUCUGCACAACGAGCUGAAGCGGUUGCGCCGUGAAGUCCAGGAGAAGGAUCGUCGCCUGGAGGAGCUGGAGCGCAUCGUCUCCGGUCUCCAGCAGGCCAUGCCUCAGCCCGAGCCCGAGCCGCAGCCUGUGUCGCAACCACUGGCCACCGCCGUUGCGCAGGCCGCUGCCCCUCACGUUUAG